AUGGCGCCUGGCUAUGACGUCGAUCAUGACGGUCCGCCUUAUUCUCGCACUGGGAACGGAAACGCUGCAAAGUCAGUUCCCACAGGGCCCAUCGACGACGAGCUCUUUACGCGGGUCCUACCACGGGUAGACACCACGGCCAUCGAGACGGCGCGCAUUACCAUUGGCCAAGAGUCUGAAGACAGCGAUGAAGAACAUUCACGACCUCAGUUCCGGCGGUCUCUUUCGGAGUCUAGUCUGAUGCUAGGAGGAACCGGAAAGGACUCCGAUGGACUACGGGAUACGGCCUUAGGAAGACAAGAAAGGAAUGGGACAACGGGGGCAAAUGGGAAAUCUCAUUCAGCGAGAGACAGCACGGAACUCAGUCGCCCUUCCCGUCCUCUAUCUCGGACAGACAUCGUAUCCCGGGAUUACUCACCACCACGGCGGCUUUACACAAAGUCUGACAGGGACACAGUAGCUGUGCCUCCACGCCAGUCUUCUGGUCCCGAUCAAGCUAGCAUUGACAGCCCCGAACGAGUGCUCAAGCGACACGAUUACAAUACGCCGCAGCGACCCCCGCGCGCCGAGGAGAUCGAGGCCGCAAAGAGACUCUUGGCACAAGUCGCAGAAGAAGAGGAGCUCUCCCAGAGUAUGGUGCGAUCCUCCAGCGCUGUCCGAUCAGCAACACCUCCCCCGAUAGGAGGUCGACGACCACGCAGGAUCAUCUACGACGACUCUGAGGAGGAAGAGGACCAGCAUCAAGACCCCGUCGACGAGGAAGAAGACCACGGAUACCACGACUACCGCAAUGAGACACGCCAUGGGCACCGAAGCAUAGCAACGACCCCCGUCACUGCCAUCCACGCACCUACGGAAGAUUCCCGCCCGCCGGCGGCGCAAAGUCGCCAGACUCGCGGCCGACCGACCACCUCAAGAACCUCGUCGCGUCAAUCAUCGCAGCCGCCUCCCCGAUCUCGAGCAGCCGAAGCCCUCGCCGCACACAAGAGAGAGCUCAGGACGCCGGUGCUUGAUCAUCAUCGCUUGUACCUCGACGCCGAGCCUCCACCAAUCAGCCAGAGACGCCCGCAUCAGACAUCGCGCGCCGCUCGAAGGCAGACGUACAAUAAGCAGCAGUAUUCCGACAUGGAAGAGGAGGCACUAGACUACAGCGUGAAGAAUGGCCUCGGGGGCUCGACCCUGACGUCAGAUUACCGACCGCCGACGGCGGCACGGAGGGCAAUGAGCGAUGAUUCUAUUUCGAUUUCGAGACAAUCUAUUUCGAAGCAUAGCGUAACGAGCAACGGGUCGUCGAACCGUACUGUUGAUUUCUUCGGACCUGGUAUUUUUCAGGUCGUCUUGCAUAACCCGACGACUGUGCACCAACUGCUGAAGUUUAGCGAAGCUCGAUUCUGCAGCGAAAGUGUUGAAUUUCUCAAAAAGGUCGAGCAAUACCAAACAGUUCUCAAUGACCUAGCAGGGAUUAUGACGAGCAUCCAUAAGGACUUCCUUGCCGACGACUCGUCAAAGCAGAUCAACGUCAAUGGGGAACUGAGAAAGUCCGUUCAUGGCGACAUGAAGUCGUUGGUUACGAAGACGCUUCCGUCCAUGGAAACACUGUUUACGGAUCUUCAAGAGAGCGUUGAACAGGACGUCUUCCUAGAUAUCUAUCCUCGAUUUGUGCGCUACCAGAUGGCACUGAGCGCAACGAGAGCCUUAGCUACCAACCGACAUAGCUAUCAAGGACUUGGUGAUUGCUUUUGCUUGACGAAUCCUGGUCUUGCAGAUAACCCAAUUGUCUUUGCUUCAGAUGGAUUCAUCAAAGUCACCGGUUAUACUAGACCCGAAAUCAUUCCGCGAAACUGUAGAUUCCUCCAGGGUGCGCAUACCGAUCGCGUUCCUGUCCGACGAUUAAAGAACGCGAUCGACGAGCGAAAGGAGUCUGUUGAACUCAUCCUGAACUACAAGAAGAACGGAGAUCCUUUCUGGAACUUGCUCUAUGUCGCCCCACUCUACAACGAAGCCGGCAAACUGGCAUUCUUCAUCGGCGGCCAGAUUAAUUGCUCAACGACUAUUCAUAGCAACGCAGACGUGAUGAGAGUUCUGUCGACAUCUACCAAUGACGACGUUCAAACCCAGGAUACCAAGGUACCGCCGGCACCUUUACAUCGCGCAGGUUCUCAACCUUCGGCUCGAAAAGCAUUCCUGAAAGCCCUGGGUAUGAAGGUCAGCGACGACCAUGUGCCCAACGGGAUCGCCGCCGAUCCGGGCAUGGAGAGCAAGUUGUUGCACAAGCUAGAAGGACGCGACUUGAGCGCACAGAUGAAGGAAUUUUACACUGCUUAUUCAAAAUACCUAAUUGUCAGCUACGACUCCUUCAUAAUCAAAUUCUAUUCUGAAGGUGUCCUAGAAAUGCUGCACCCGGCGAACAACACCGUCGGCCUGGUCGCGGGCCAGGAGGUCUUCCGAUUCCUCAAGCAAAACAUGGUCAACCACCAGUCCGACUACAAGACGCGCGUACGGAACGCCCUUCGCACCGGAGCGCCCAUCAGCGUCGAGGUCCGUUUACAGACUCGAAGGAGCGCGUUGUUCCGCGGCGACGAGAGGUUCGUCACGCACUGGACGCCGUUGAAGGAUGAGAAGUCUCAGGUGCACUGGGCUGUCGUCACUUUGGCGCCCGCGAUCGAGUAA